CGCAGUCGGCACCUUGAUGUGCUGGAGCAAUUGUUUUGUGGCUCGGAUAAUUUUCCUUCACUCAUGACUCCCGAAUCAUGCUUAGCUCCCUCUAGCCAGCGUCUAAAUCGGAGCUUCCUCGAUAAAUUACGUAGCAUAGAGGAUAAUCUUCGUGAUGCUAGGGCUAAUCUAGCCACUACUUCACAACAAAGCUCGAAUCUUAAGGCUAGCCUUGCGUUUAUCAAGUAA